GGCGGGCCCGGGGCCGCGAGAGCUCGGGUGACAGGCCCGGCCUCGCGGGGAGGCCCGAGCCGGCGGGCGCCCUGGCCCCGCGCCGCGCCGGCUGUUAAUGAAGCAUGUCGGCCACCAGCGUGGACCCCCAGAGAACAAAAGGACAAGAUAAUAAAGUACAAAAUGGUUCUUUGCAUCAGAAGGAUACCGUUCAUGACAAUGACUUUGAGCCCUACCUUUCUGGACAGUCAAACCAGAGUAACAGUUACCCCUCCAUGGCCGACCCCUACCUGUCCAGCUAUUACCCGCCAUCCAUCGGAUUCCCCUAUUCCCUCAACGAGGCACCGUGGUCUACUGGAGGGGACCCUCCAAUCCCCUACCUCACCACCUACGGACAGCUCAGUAACGGAGACCACCACUUCGUACACGAUGCCGUUUUCGGGCAGCCUGGGGGGUUGGGGAGCAACAUCUACCAGCACAGGUUUAAUUUCUUCCCUGAAAACCCUGCCUUCUCGGCCUGGGGGACGAGUGGGUCUCAGGGUCAGCAGGCUCAAAGUUCAGCCUACGGAAACAGCUACACCUACCCGCCAAGCUCCUUGGGUGGCACGAUUGUGGACGGACAGACAGGCUUUCAUGGUGAUACCCUCAACAAGGCACCAGGAAUGAACAGCCUGGAGCAGGGCAUGGUGGGCCUGAAGAUUGGGGACGUCACCACCUCUGCGGUCAAGACAGUAGGGUCGGUCGUCAGCAGUGUGGCCAUGACGGGCAUCCUUUCUGGCAAUGGUGGGACGAAUGUGCCCCUGCCAGUGUCAAAGCCGACCUCAUGGGCUGCCAUUGCCAGCAAACCUGCUAAACCACAGCCGAAAAUGAAGGCCAAGAGCGGGCCUGCCAUCGGGGGGGCGCUGCCCCCACCACCUAUUAAACAUAACAUGGACAUUGGUACUUGGGACAACAAGGGGCCUGUGCCCAAAGCCCCGGCCCCCCAGCAGGUGACAGCCUCCUCGGUGGCCCCCCAGCCCCAGCCGGCCAUGCAGCCUCUGCCCACCCAACCUCCCCUUCCGGCCCCACCACAGCACACGGGCCCCCAGCAGCUGCCCCAGACCCGCUGGGUUGCCCCUCGCAGCAGAAAUGCGGCGUUCGGGCAGACCGGGGCCCCCGGCAGCGACAGUAACUCCCCUGGGAGCGCCCAACCCAGCACAGCCCCGAGCACAGAGUCCCACCCCAUCCUAGAAAAACUGAAAGCCGCCCACAGCUACAACCCCAAGGAGUUUGACUGGAACCUGAAGAGCGGGCGCGUGUUCAUCAUCAAGAGCUACUCAGAGGACGACGUGCACCGCUCUAUCAAGUACUCGCUCUGGUGUAGCACAGAGCAUGGCAACCGGCGCCUGGACAGUGCCUUCCGCGCCCUGGGCAGCAAGGGGCCUGUCUACCUGCUCUUCAGUGUCAAUGGCAGCGGCCAUUUUUGCGGGGUGGCCGAGAUGAAGUCACCUGUGGACUAUGGCACCAGUGCCGGGGUCUGGUCCCAGGACAAGUGGAAGGGCAAGUUUGACGUGAAGUGGAUCUUCGUCAAGGAUGUGCCCAACAGCCAGCUGCGGCACAUCCGGCUGGAAAACAACGACAACAAGCCAGUCACCAACUCGCGCGACACCCAGGAGGUUCCCCUGGAGAAGGCACGGCAGGUGCUGCGGAUCAUCGCCUCCUACAGGCACAGCACCUCCAUCUUCGAUGACUUCUCACACUAUGAGAGGCGCCAGGAGGAGGAGGAGGUGGUGCGCAAGGAACGGCAGAGUCGAGGCAAGCAGUGAGGGUUCAGCAAGCAGGCUCUCGUGCCGUCUGACGUGGGGCUGCGCGGCUGGAGGGCGUGUGCCUGGUGCUGUCUCCCGGCGGCGGCUCUGCUGGCCUCUUGCAGUGCUCGCCUGCUCACAUCUUUAUGUCCUUUGUAGUUUAUGUUCGCCCAGAUGAAUCUGCAUUCGUUUGUAUUUUUUCUAUGUAUCAUAUAGUAUUGUAGAACUCACUAAUAAAGGACUAUGUUUUUGUCAGCUUAUCAAUCACACUGACCUAACGUGAAAUGUAAGUACCCUUAAAAACAAAAACUUAAUUCAUCCCAAAGAUUUAUUAUUUGGGGGGAACAUUAUGUUCCUAUUCUUAUAUUCACAGUCAUUUAACAUCUUUACGUGGGACCUUUUGUCUCUCACCCUUUUUGCUUUAAUACUGAACAUAAGACACCAUGAGUUGUCUGCCAUUUUGCGUGCUGUGUUUUAAAUUUGCUUCCCUUCAGGAUGCUGAAGUCCACAGGCUGAUGACCGACUUGUUCAGCUGCUUUGCCAUUUCUUCUGUUAUCUAUCUGAGAUGCUCAUCUGCCCAUUUGACAUCUACUAGGCAGAAGGAUAAAUAUCAGUUUUUCAAAAAGUUUGGUGAACCUUCUCUCUCCUUGGAGCACCUGCCUCCUGCCUCUGUGUGCGUCUGGGGUCUGCUGCAUUCCUGGUCGGAAGUGACCACAGGCCGGGUGCGGAGGGGUUCCUUCUGUGUGCAGACCGUCUUACUUCCCCCUUUUCUUCACUGGAGAGUCCUCGAGCUGUUCCACGUUUUUAUACCAAUAAUACUGAGCUUUAAACGUGAGAUCUGGUAGUCCAGAGGGGCGUGAUGGAUGAUGCUGCUGGUCGCAAAGUUCAGUGUGUGGGGUCUAUAGUUUCUUUUAUCCUGUUGAAUGGGUAAAACAAAAAAUCUUUUAGAAACUCAAUUUGCUGUCAUGUUUUGUGGAAUGAGGGUCACUGAAGAACUCGCCAUGGGAGUUAGAGCAGGAAUGUGAUGUGCACGCCUGCCUCACGCUCAUCGCACAUGAUUCGAGCAAAGGGCCUCCCAUGAAGAGUGCAGGUGCUUCUGAAAAUUGUGUGCUCGACAGGCCCUCCGAGUCACAGUGCAAACUGUUUUAUUUAGACUUGUAUUUAGAACGUGUCACUUUCUUUGAACCGUUACCGCCUGUGCGGAGUCUCGGACGACAUCGGAUAACUUUCUCUAGAAGAAUACAAGCCUUAAUAAACAAUACCCGUUUAGCAA